AUGGAAGUAGGACGUUACUGUUCCCGAAUACACAACUGGUUUUACUGUCUCUGUCGAACAAACCCAGAACAUUUAUCAAGAGUUAACGUUCACUCACUUCCUACUGAAAAUAGUGUUCCUCUAAGAUGUCGACGUGACGAAGUUACUCAUACCUCGUAUCGCAAGUCAACUCUAGAUCCACCUAAGUGUGUAAUUAAGAAUAUAGAAGCAUUUGUUCUAAUCUUUCUACAAAUGUGUAAAAGAAGAGUAUCAUGUAAAAUUUGCGGAAAGUUUUUUAAGGGAAGACGUGGUAUUGCAAUUCAUCGACGUUUUACUACUCACAGUGGAAGUGAUACUGAUCAUGAAGUUGAAAUGGAAUCUGAGGGCUUUAUUUCUGAUACACCCGAGCCCGAAUCCAGUAGUGGAGGGGACUCUUUUCCCGGCGGCUAUGGAGGAGGUGGUGGCGAUAGUGGUGGUAGUUACUCACCACCAAGUGAUUUCAGUUCAGACCGUAGUAGUACAGAUUAUUUGACAGCAUCCAGUAAACGUACAAGAUAUUAUACAGCGUCUUCAGAUAGAACACAUACUCUCUCCAUGGAUCCUUCAGAUACUACAGCUAGUUGGAUAGAGGAAAUGCUUUUUCCCGUUAGAUAUCCGAAUGGUAUGAUUGAUAUUGAAGGAAGUUCUUUAAAUGGUAUCAGCGUUUCCCAAGAAUUUUUUUAUGCAGCAGAAAGAGCGAAUCAUAGACCAGAUAGGCGGAAUGAGGUGCUUGCUAAUUUUGCUGAAAUCAUUGUCAGAAAUCGUCGUGCCCCUGCUCCCCUGUCAGUAAAACUCCUUUGGGUGAUAUAUGGAUUAUUCUUACUGUUGUAUUACCUUGCCAAAUACAUGGCUCUUUAUUAUAUGAUCACAGCUAUCUACUUUAUUUUUUCGGUUGGAGACAAUACAAGAAUAUUCAAUGAGAGCUGCAUUGGCUAUGUCAGUUAUGUUUUUAUUUAUUGCUGUGUUAGAGUAAUACUUCUCAUGAGUCAUAUUAGUAACCCUUUUAGUGAGAUGUUGAUGAUGAGAACAGUUCAUGAGCUUUUAACGUCUUGGAUCGAUUAAUUCUUUCAAAUAGUGUACAUGGUUUUGAAAAAGUAAUUGCGGCGGUUGUCACCAUUCCAGAAUCUACUCCCUGAAUCAACAAAUUGGAAUUGCUUCUGAUAAAUGAUGGGUACCUUUUGUGAAUCUUGAUUUAUGGAUUUCUGAACUCCAAAGCAUCAUCACAACCGCAAUCAAAGCAUUCAUUUCUCUAGCAGUGAGACCCGGC